AUUUAGUUGCUCAGAGCGUAAUAGUAAACAUAUCACAAAACAUGGUAGAAAAUUUGGAUCAAGUUAUCUAAGUCUCACAAAAUACAAAUUCAUAUGUUUCAUUUCACUUCAACAGUACCCCAAAAAAUUACUUAAAAACACACAGAAAAAAAAACCAAAAAAAAAAAAUAAAUAAAUAAUAAUAAUAAAUAACCACAAAAAACAUUUACCACGGCUGUAACCUCUAUUGGACCCAUUAUUGUUGAAAGCUUGAACUAAAUUUGGAAAACUGAAGCUUAACUUAAGACUGAAGAAACUGAAACUAAUAUUAUUUAGUUAGUGGAAAUCAUAUUCGCUUGUAAACCACAUUGUCGGUGUUGUUGCAAAAGCGAAAAAACCCCAAAGAAAACCCUAGAAGGAACAAAGCAAGAGUUAAAGCCAAUCAAAAAGCCACUACUGCAAUGGAGAAGUUGAGCAAAGCGAAGUGGGCGGAAAUCUGCAAUACCUUUGCCAUUUUGGAUGUGGAUGGAAGUGGACUGCUAACAGCCAGGGAGCUGUGUGGCAUGAUGCGUGUAUUUGGCUAUGACAACAGCGAAGAGGAUGUGCAGAGGAUGAUCGAUGCCGUCGAUACCGAUGGCAGCGGUAAAAUGGACUGCGCCAAAUUCUGUGCCGCCCUAUAUUGGACGCUGAAGCCCGAGGAGUCAAAGCACAGCGAGGAGUCAGACGGCUCUACAGAGGAGCAAAGUUCAUCAUCCAAUGAAUCGUGUAGUUCACACGAGUAAAAUAUUUCCCAGGCAAGGACGACGAAAAAAAAUCGAGAACCCAACCAAACAAAAAAAAAAAACAAAACUUUCCACGCGCUCCGGUCUCUGCGAG